UUGUGGUUAUAUCCUUUAAUAUUUUAUUUAGUAUUAUAAUGUGUAAAUGUUGAGAUAAAAGUUGUCGAUAUGUUUGAUUUAAAAGCUUGCACAGUGUGCUUGAAAAGUGAUGUUAAAAUCUUCAGUAUGAACAUAGAUCAAUUAAGAAACGAAUAUAAUUUAGCAUCAGGUUUAAAGACCCAUAGUCAUAAUGGCUUACCCGAAUAUUUAUGUUAUCAGUGUGUUGCCUAUGUUAGAAAUUUCAAGAAGUUUCGUGAUAAAUGCCAACGCACGUAUUAUGCAUUGCAAGAAAUUUUGUAUAGAAAUAAAGAGAUCACCAAGUCAAUAAUUGCAGAAUUAGAUAGUAAUGUCUUAAAUAUUAAACCAUCACUGUCAUAUCUAGCUCCAGACCAUCUCAGGACAGGUUAUGAAAGACUAAAAUUCAAAUGGGUCAAUCAGAAUAGAAUCGGUAUAAAACAUCAAGAUAAUAUACCUGUAAUACAAUAUACAACAACAUCGGAUGAUUUUAGUUUUGAAGUGCCUGUAAACAAUCAAAAACUCCUAACAGAAUUGGUAGAUGUAUGUGUUAAACAAGAAGACAAUGCAAUACCACACUAUGAGGAGCCUUUUGCACCUGACAAUAUAGAAUUAGAGUCUGAAAAAAAUGAGGAAAGUUUCUUUGAUAACAAUUUUGAUGAAUGUGAUGGGGAAGAUAAUGUUUAUGAAAAUAAUGAUGAACAACCUAAAGUAGUUGAACAAACUGAUGUAGAUGGUAUGAAUUUAGAGGAGGAGUAUGCAACAAUGGUACCCAUAUCAAAGAAGGAGGCUAAGGCUGUUGUUGAUGUGUACAAAAUGUUCGCACACGGCAAGUAUCAGUGUAAAGUGUGUAAGAAAGCAUAUUAUAAUGAAAAUCGUCUGACAGCACACAUGAGAAUGCAUGAUAAGCACACAAGUGGAACAUUCUUCUGUGCGCUGUGCAGUUAUUAUUACAGAACUGAAUUUCUUCUAAAAACUCAUAUGACUGAAAAACAUAUGUAUAAAUAUUUAUGUAAAAAGUGCCCUGAAGUUAGUUUUGACAGGACAUCAGCCAAGCAACAUUUUAUUUGGAGUCACUUACAAAAAGGUUCAAAGAAAGACGCCAGCUGGUGUGAGACCCAACCGUCAGGUGUUCCCAAAGAUAGUAAAAAGAACAAAUUGUUUAUACGUCCUAUAAGAAAUACAAAAAAACUACCGCAAGAUUUUCCCAUUUACUCUCCAAUAAGUCAAGAAGAACAAUAUGCUUUAGUGAGGGACCGACAGAAGACGAAAAACUAUAUUGAUUCACCAUUCAAGUGCGAAUUUUGUUUUAAAGGCUUUAGAGAAGUUGCGACAUUUGAAAAGCAUAUGAAGAAACAUGAUCCUAUAUGUUCCGGCAAACUCCAAUGUGAUGCAUGCAAAAUAUACUGUCCGGACACGAGGAAGAUGUACAAACAUAUGAACAUGAGCCAUUUGUUUAAGUAUUCUUGUCAAAUGUGCAGCUAUGUGUGCUUUAGCAGAGGUCAAGCUAAAAUGCACUAUCGAUGGCACAAAAACGUAACAUACUCGUGUCCUCAUUGUAAAAAAGAAUUUUCUAAAGCAUCGACAAGACUGACUCACAUACGUAUAAAGCACCCAUCCAUGAACAUCUGCAAUUUGUGUGGCCGCAGCUUUGUGAGCGUUACCGGCCUUUACUGUCACAAGAAACUAGCGCACAGUAAAGAGGAAGUAGAGGAGACCACAGGUGAAGCGGACACAUCCCACCCUCUGUACUGUGCGGAGUGUGGGAUUCAGUUCCGAGACGAGACCGCCUUCGCGACGCACUUCGGCUCCUCCAAUAAGCACGCCGAUACCAAUCUCUCCAUCAAGCCGGUGGGGGGGCGGCGCGGGCGGCCGCGCGCGGCGCACAGCGGCGUCGUCAACACCGGCGUGCCCACCUCCUCCACCUGCGAGAUUUGUAACAAGUACCUCUUGAACGACUCGCAAGCGCGGCGGCACUACGACGCGGAGCACCCCGGCGCGCACUACCUCAAGCGCUACAUGUGCGACAUCUGCGGACACACCACCCGGCAAUACGCAAAUCUGACGGUACAUAUGCGUACGCACACAUUGGAGAAGCCUUACGCGUGUCCGCAUUGCGAGCGACGCUUCAGCAUGCCGAGCAACAGAGAUAGGCAUCUAGUUGUGCACACGGGCGAGAAGCGCUACCAGUGCCAGCACUGCAACCGGCGCUUCACGCAGAGCAGCGCCGUGAAGCUGCACAUCCAGACGGUGCACCUGAAGAUCCCGUACGCGCCGUGGGACAAGAAGAACCGCAAGCGGCGCCGCGAGCCCGAGCCGCCCGCGCCCCCCGCGCCGCCCGCGCCGCCCGCCGGGAACUACCUCAGCGCCUACAUCACCUACAGCGAGUGAGCGCUACGCGUGCUACGUACUACGCGCUACGUCAUUUCGGAACGAGCUUACGGGGGGAGAAUGACGAAUCAGUCUUUCAACAGACGACGCUGUAUCAGUAUUAUGAAAGAAUGAUAUUAAAACAGUUUCGUUGUGAAACUUUAUAUUAUGUUAAAAAUAUAUCAUUCAAUUACUUAACUUGAACAUACAUUGAUCUAUUAAUUUGUAGUUAAUCGAUUGUAAUUAUUUCAAUUGUGAUAUUUUUGGCAGAAUCGACUGUAUGUCGCAAAUAGUUCCCUGGGUGACAAAAUGUUUAAAAUCAAAGUAAAUAUUCCAGUUUCCUUUUAAACUAUGUUUGAAAAAUAAAGUCUUAUUUGAGUACUUAGUUAGGUUUAAAUAAGCCUCGCACACUCACUAUUCCCCGUCUUUUUACUUUUCUAUUAAGACAUAAAUCUCUAAAAAUUUUUUUUAGUGUAAGGUAUGUAAAAAUAAAUUAUUCUGUAUAUUUUGUCAUGUAAAUGGUAUACUUAAUACAAAUGUAAAUAUAUAUGAAAUAUAUAAAGUGCUUAAGAUUUUUGAAGGCAAUAAACUUUAAACAUGUUUCCUAACAAAAAAUAUGAAUAUGAGAUGAGGUUGAUUUAACGGAAGCCCUGCUGAGUUUUCAUUACAUAUAUUUUCUUUUAUAAUUAUCUGAGUGAACCUGCAUAAACACCAAUCUGAAAUGGGGCAGUAUAAUAGGUUCAGAUCUUAAUUUUUAAUGCUGAGGCUUUAGCCAACAGAAGGAUAUUUACGGAUGGUUACUUUAUCUUAUUUUUUAUUCAUGAAAUGUAUCAUUUUGUUUAAUUUAGAAAUAUACAUUAGUGACUUAAUUGUGAUUCAGAAUGUAUUUGUUUUAAUAAGUAAGAUAUAAUAAGUAAACUGUCGCAGGUUGUAUAACCAUUAUGAGUUUGAAUAUUAUUAUGCAUUCAACAUCAAGCUACUUUUUGUAUUAAAUUAAAUUACGUUUUUUAACAAUG